GUUCCCCGACCCCAUUAUCCCUCCACUGUUCUGGCUGUUCUGACCCUAACGAGGGCUUUUCUUAUAAACCGAUGCCUCAGAGCAAAGUGAAUGAAAAGCGCAUUUCCCCGGUUCCUUCGUCAAUGGUUUAAGCACGUCACGAAAGGGCAGACAAUGAAGUUGAAGGAGCUUGAGAAGCCAGCUGUCCAAGCAUGGAGCCCAGCGAAGCAGUACCCUGUGUAUCUGGCCACAGGAACAUCCGCCCAGCAACUAGAUGCCUCCUUCAGCACAAAUGCCACCCUGGAAAUAUUUGAGGUUGAUUUCAGGGACCCUUCUCUGGACUUGAAACGCAAAGGAAUCCUCUCUGUGUCAAGCAGGUUUCACAAGCUAAUCUGGGGAAGCUCCAGCAGUGGGCUUCUGGAGAACACUGGGGUUAUUGCUGGUGGAGGAGACAGUGGCAUGCUUACCCUAUACAAUGUGACCCACAUCCUUUCUCCGGGGAAGGAACCCUUGAUUGCCCAGAAACAGAAGCACACAGGAGCUGUCAGAGCCUUGGACUUUAAUCCUUUCCAGGGCAACCUCCUGGCCUCAGGAGCCAGUGAUUCUGAAAUCUUCAUUUGGGAUUUGAACCACCUGACUGUUCCAAUGACACCUGGAUCCAAGUCACAGAACCCCCCGGAAGACAUUAAAGCAUUGUCUUGGAACCGCCAAGUCCAGCACAUUCUGUCUUCUGCUCACCCCAGUGGCAAGGCAGUUGUGUGGGAUCUCAGGAAGAACGAGCCCAUCAUCAAAGUCAGCGACCACAGCAGCAGGAUGAACUGCUCAGGCCUGGCCUGGAACCCAGACAUAGCCACACAGUUAGUGCUGUGCUCAGAAGAUGACCGGCUCCCAGUGAUUCAGCUGUGGGACCUGCGCUUCGCUUCCUCACCCCUGAAGGUGUUGGAGAGCCACAGCAGGGGCAUCUUGUCGGUGUCCUGGAGCCAGGCUGAUGCUGAACUGCUGCUUAGCAGUGCCAAAGACAACCAGAUUUUUUGCUGGAAUCUGUCAAGCAGUGAGGUGGUCUACAAGCUACCCACACAGAGCAGCUGGUGCUUUGACGUUCAGUGGUGCCCUCGGAACCCUCCUGCGUUCUCUGCUGUCUCCUUCGAUGGCUGGAUCAGUUUGUACUCUGUGAUGGGUAGGAGCUGGGAAGCCCAGCAGCACAUGAGGCAGGCUGACAAGAUUUCCUCUUCCUUUAGCCAAGGCCAGCCUCUCCCACCACUGCAGGUGCCUGAGCAGGUGGCCCAAGCAUCACUAAUUCCUCCCUUGAAGAAGCCUCCCAAGUGGAUGAGAAGGCCGGCAGGCGUUUCAUUCGCUUUUGGGGGAAAGCUGGUUACCUUUGGCCUUCCCAGCAUCCCUGUCCAGCAGGUGCCACAGCCUUGUCCCCGCCCUGUCUUCAUCAGUCAAGUCAUCACAGAGUCAGAAUUCCUGACUCGGUCAGUUGUGCUGCAGGAGGCCUUGGGAUCUGGAAAUCUCCUUAAUUAUUGUCAGAGCAAGAUUCAGCAAGCUUCACGGCCAAGUGAGAAGACGCUCUGGCAGUUUCUGAAGGUGACCUUGGAGCAUGAUUCCAGACUGAAGUUCCUCAGGCUGUUAGGUUACAGCAGAGAUGAACUUCAGAAGAAGGUGGACACAUGCCUGAAGAGUGACUCGAAAUCACAGGAGAGCCCUCAGCUUGAGGCAGUUGACCUCAAAAGUGACAGAGCACACACCCUUUGCAGCCAGGCCUCCAGACACACUGCCAAGGAAGCCUCUGCAUCCUCAGCCUUCUUUGAUGAGCUGAUACCUCAGAACAUGACUCCCUGGGAGAUCCCCACCACAGAAGACACUGAUGGGCUCCUGAGCCAGGCCCUGCUGCUCGGGGAACUGCGGUCUGCUGUGGAGCUCUGUCUGAAAGAGGAACGCUUUGCUGACGCCAUCAUCCUGGCUCAGGCUGGGGACGCAGAGCUACUCAAGUGGACACAAGAACGAUACCUAGCCAAGAGGAGAACCAAAACCUCCUCGCUUCUAGCCUGUGUCGUAAAGAAGAAUUGGAAGGACCUAGUAUGUGCCUGUAGCCUGAAGAACUGGAGAGAGGCGCUGGCCUUGCUGCUGACGUAUUCAGGGCCAGAGAAGUUCCCUGAGCUCUGUGACAUGCUGGGAGCUCGCAUGGAGCACGAGGGAGGCAGGGAGCUCACCUCUGAAGCCAGGCUGUGCUAUGUGUGCUCAGGGAGUGUGGAGCGGCUGGUAGAGAGCUGGGCAGACUCCCAGCAAGCCUCGAGCCCCGUGGCUCUGCAGGAGCUAAUGGAGCAGGUGACGGUCCUCAGCAGGAGCCUGGAGCUCCUCCAGGGUUCUCACAAGAUGAGCCCAGGUCCUGCCACAACACACAGGUUCACCCAGUAUGCCAGUCUCCUGGCAGCCCAGGGCAGCCUGGCCAUUGCCAUGAGUGUCCUACCCAGUGACUGUACCCAGCCCGCAGUCCUGCAGCUGAAAGAUCGGCUUUUCCAUGCCCAAGGUUCUACCGUCUUGGGCCGACAGGCUCCUGCUUUCCCGUUUCCCCGCGUUGCUGUAGGAGCUGCUCUCCACCCAAAAGAGACAUCAUCACACAGAAUGGGAUUCCAGCCUCCUCGCCAGGUCCCAGCUCCAUCUGUGAGGCCGAGGGCCGCAGCUCAGCCGUCAGUGAUGCCUUUCCUCCCCUCCCAUCCCAUCCCUUCUGUGGGCUCGUGGACACAGUCCUCAAGUGACUACAGGGUCCCCAAACCCCAAGCAACCUUGCCUGUGCAUUUCGUCCCUGGAGUAAGGCCUGCUUUCUCUCAGCCACAGCCAUUCGGAGGACAAAGUGUCCAAGCUAUAAACCCUGUUGGAUUCUGUGGAACAUGGCCUCUUCCUGGUCCUACUCCAGUCAUGGCACCCCCAGAUGUCAUGCAGCCUGGCUCUACCCACCUGCCUGAAACUCCUAGACUGCUCCCUCUGCCUCCUGUGGGACCACCAGGUCCCACCCCUCUGAGCUCCCAACCUGCAGCCUCUCCUGUCACUUUCUCUGUGGCUCACCCUCCUGGCGGCCCUGGAGCACCACGCUCUAGUGCCCUCCCGAGCUCUGGCAUCUUGGCCACUCGUCCAGGACCCCAGGAUACCUGGAAAGUUGCUCCAGCCUCCCAGGAAAACCUCCAAAGGAAAAAGUUGCCUGAGACAUUUAUGCCUCCAGCACCAAUAAUUACAGCUCCACUUAUGAGCCUUGGCCCUGAGCCACAACAGGCCCUGCUGCCACAGUCCCUAGUCUCCGGUGCAAGCCUGCCUCCUCCUGGAGCCCCGAGAGAAUGCAGCCUGCAGCAACUCCAGCCACUGCCCCCUGAGAAGACACAGAAAGAGCUGCCCCCAGAGCAUCAGUGCCUGAAGGACAGCUUUGAGGCGCUCCUUCAGCGCUGUUCCCUGACCGCCACUGACCUAAAAACAAAAAGGAAGCUGGAUGAGGCAGCCCACCGUCUAGAAUGUCUAUACGAGAAGCUGUGCGAGGGGACAGAAUGUGGGUUAAUUAAAAGGAAGCGAAUGAGUGGAAGCAUCCAAUCCAGCCCUACAAUAGGCGAGCGCCCCGGCCUGCCCUCCCUCCCACCACCACCGGCGCUACCAGCGUGCCAAGGACGACCCCUUCUCUCUCUGCGCUGACCUGCUCCUAAGGCCAAGGGAGGGUGGGAUUCUUUUAAAGAAAAGAAAGCCUUGCUUAUGUGUAGGCUCAGCAGCCAGGGGCAGGAAGGAGACUGUUUUGCUCACCCUACCCAGAGUUCUCCUCACUUCUCAGGACCUCCCUCUCCUUCUGUCCUCAGACUGAGACAGAUGGGCUCCUUGAGAGCACACAAGAGGAGAGAAGGGGUCUGGGUUUCUGGGCCACCAUUUUUCUCAACGUCAACUUAAAUGCGUGCGUGUGUGUGUGUGUGUGUGUGUGUGUGUGUGUGUGUGUGUGUGUGUGUGUUUUAAAGUUUGACUAGCUGACCCUAGGGACGUCUAGUCUUCCCUCCCAGUCAGCAGCUCUGGAGUUGUCCGCGUGGCCUCAGUGAUUUAGUGCAGGACAGGAAGCCAUGAACUGAGGGAUGCUUGCAUGUUGUCAGCUGUCUCCACUCCGGCGUUUAUUGCUCGAACAAAGGCAUGAAGGCGUAGUACAUGGGUAGGGGAGCAUGUUCGCUAUAGAAGUGGGAUGAACUGGAUGUCACUCGUACCCAUUUGGCAAACAAAGUAAUCUGGGGAUGAAAUGACAGCCUGAGGCAUUUGGAGUCCAACUUUAAAGUUCUGAGCAUGGAAACACAAUGCCUCCACCUUUAUGCUGAGGGCCCUGGGAAAUGCAGCUUACCGUCCCAAUGCGGAACCUUUAUGGUUUUCAUUGCAUUGCUGGGUUUUCUUCUGUACACUAUAAGUGUGCAAAUGUCGGGUGAGACCCGGGAUUGACAGCCACGGCUGCAAGAUUAGGAAAGGGGGAGCUGGGGAGACUCAGAAGGCACAGGCAAGAGACCCUAAAGGGAAGGGAAGUUUGUCCCGGGCUGAAGAAGAGAAACACUCCCUCCUUCAAAGUUUCAAUAGGACCAGAAGAUGCACAGAGGUCUGACCAGGCUGCGGCAGAGGCAUUGCAUUCUUCCGGGGUGGCCCCUGGCUGGGGCUUUGGCAUUGUGAGCUCAGCUCUGUACUUUCAGCAGAAGAGGAAUAAAGUAUAGAAUUUGACUGGCCUUGCUCCAGAAAUGCUGUGGAUACCCACACCCAGGACUAGCCUAGAGCAAAGAGCAGCUAUGGGGAAGAUCUGGGCUCUUCUGUUCUCUGGAUCCCCAUGUCAUAAACAAGUCCCUGCUGGACUGCCCCUCUCCAAGAAAGAGACCUCAGACUCUUGGAAGCAGCGAGCUGUGGGCUCCCAAGUGAGUGCAUUAGUGGAAGGUUUAUGGGGGUGAUUUACUAAUCCCUGGCAGAUUAACCUCAGUCAAAUCAAGCUAGCUACUUAGGCCAUCAAGGAAGGCUACAGGGAGAUGGUAUUCUGCCAGAGUGGGAGGGAGGAGAAAGCUUAGAGGUUAAGUUUCCGCUGUGCUUUUCUGUCAGCAUCUCAGCAUCAGUGAGUUCAGGACCUGGGAGAAG